AUCCGCCUACCCUAGCAGACGGGGGAAAUCAGGCGACCUGCGGUGCUGCGCCUGCGCGUGUAUCUGAUCGCUGCGAAAUUAGGGUUUCUCGACCUAGCGUGGCUGCUAACAUGAAUUUCUUUUCUUCCCGCAAAAAAAAACAUGAAUUUCUUUUCGGUGGCGCGGGACUGAGACUGGACCGUUUGUAAUCAUGUCCCCGUUCUCAACUGCUAGCAGCGGUCUGUUGCUUCGGUGCUCUCGAGUGAAAGCUGGGGACAGCGCCGAGAUCUGUGGCACCGAGAAGCUUUUUACACUCGAAAUUUGCGCCCUGUGUUGCCGGUUUGAUGGUGUUUGUUCAUGACGACAAUGUUAAUAUAGGUUUAAGCCUUAUUGUGGUAGUAUUUGCUGAUUUUGUUGGCGUUAUAAAGUUGCAUACCUAUGUGUAAACGUUGUUACGGAAUCAUAAUAUGGUAGUUUGGCAUGGUAAAACCUUACCUGAUGAUGCAUUCAUUUGGCCUAGAUUGAUAAUUUGGCCGUUCAAUCUUAGAAUAAUUUUCACAAUUUGUUACCAACGUUGUUGCUUUAGUAUCUUGCACAUUCAGGUUAGAAUGAGGCGGCAGGGACAGGGACAGGGACAGGGACAGGGGCAAUACGGGGAUCCUAACAUCAAUUCCAUGGUGUCUUCCCAGUUGCAUCACUACCAGGCUCAGCAAAGGGUUCAACAACUACCUGAUAAUAGUUACCCUGGAAGAGAUCCUGGGCAAGCUGCUGGGGAGAACCAGUAUACCACCCAGAAGGUGAGACAGAGCCAAUGGGACAGAGGUGGGCCGAACAUCCAGAAUCAGAUUUCACCAUAUGCAUAUAAUGAUGGUCAAAGUGCUGAGGGUAAACGAUCCUUUUAUGAUGGACAACAAUCUGAUCUGAAGGUUGGUCUAGAAAAGCAACCAAGAAAGGAAUUGAGGGACCAGCCUCGUACCGAUAAGAUUGAAGCAAGGCGCGAUGACUAUAAUCUUCCUCGUACAUUUGAAAGUCUAGAGCAGAGUUUUCGUGAAGACAUCGUGGUCCUAUCCAAGGAACUAAAUGAUGCAGAGGAUGCUGAAAAUACUAGGCACAGGGAGAGAUUGAACGAAAUAAAUGCACAGUAUCAUGAGAAACUAUUGGCACUUCGAGCUCGGCAGACAGCCUAUCGAGAAGAAUUCCUGCGCAAAGAGUCUCUGGAACGCCAACAGCAAUACCAAAAGGCCAGCAUAAGCAAUUAUGCAAAUAAUGUUGUGCCUAGGGAACCACGUGGCUAUCCUCCAACAGCUGCAGCCACGCCUCCUCCUGCUGCUGCUCCCUCUGGAAGUUCUUAUGGAGAGGCUCAUCGUUAUGCAUCUGGUCAGUAUGAAUCCUUUGGGGAGCGGCCAGAUUACCCAGAGUUCCAUGGUGGGGGCCAAGGUCGCGAUCAUGGUUUUGAGCACCGUGGUCAUCAAUACCCUGGCGGUUGUGCUUAUAACUCUGGCGGGCGCAGAUUCUAAAGAUGGCUUGGUUGAACAGUCAGCCAUUUUGGCCUCACUUCACCUGGUCUUAUCUUUCCGUGGAAAGCUUAAAGUAAAUUUCUGUAGAAGCUUAGUUCCAGCCUCCUCUGAAUGUAAACACUUGUAAAACCUGUUUUUCGAUUCUGUGCCGCUAUUUAUUCAAGCGAUGAUCAUUUUCUUCAGUAGCCUGCCUAAAAUUCUCCAAUUCUCGACUCUUGCACAUGUAGCUGUUUGUGCUUUGCAACCUCACCAGUGUUGCUUUGGAUUCGUAAUUUUAUAGAGGAGAAAGGGAACACUAUAUGGGUGUUGUUUGGCUA